AUGGCACCAAAACCAGUUUCCCUUUCACAUUUACUCCUUUUAAUCUUGUUUCUUGCCACCAUUCAACUUUCAGAGCAGUUAGAGUUUCCUCAGUCUCAAACACUUCUCAAGGUUCAGCAACUUCUUGGCUAUCCAUCAACAUUAAGUACCCUCAGCAGCACCUCAGAGUUUUGCAAUAUUGAACCUACCCCAUAUUUGACACUAGUUUGCUAUGAGAAUAGCUUGACACAGUUGCAUGUCGUUGGCAACAAUGAGUAUACUCCACUGCCUCCAGACUUCUCCUCAGAUACUCUGUUCACUACACUAGGCACUCUAUCAAGCUUGAAAGUCCUCUCCCUGGUUUCUCUUGGACUCUGGGGGGCCUUACCUGAAAGCAUUUCUCAAAUGUCUUCAUUGGAAAUACUUAACAUUAGCUCAAAUCACUUCAAUGGAGCCAUUCCAUCUCAACUUUCACUUCUGAGGAACCUGCAGUCAGUGGUGCUUGAUGAUAACAACUUCAGUGGUGAAAUUCCUAACUGGGUAGGCUCACUUCAAGGUUUGGCUGUGCUUAGUAUGAAGAAAAACUGGCUUAGUGGGAGCCUUCCAACUUCAUUGGACGCUCUUCAUACCUUGAGGGUAUUGGAUCUAUCAUGCAAUCAGUUAUCUGGGGAACUUCCUCCUCUUAAGAACUUGGCAAACCUUCAAGUUCUGAACUUGGAAAACAACACAUUUGGACCUCAUUUUCCUUCUCUCCCCACCAAGUUAGUUUCUGUUGUGCUCAGAAAUAACAGCUUCAGGCUAAGUGUCCCUUCUGGUUUGAGUUCUUUCUAUCUCCUCCAAAGGCUGGACCUGUCAUUGAAUGGUUUUGUUGGGCCAUUUCCACCAUACUUGUUGUCACUGCCUUCCAUAAAUUACCUUGAUAUUUCGUCAAAUAGAUUCACUGGAAUGCUUUUCAAUAACAUGUCAUGCAAUGAUGAUCUCCACUUCGUAAAUCUGUCUUCAAAUCUUCUGAAAGGGGAAAUUCCCUCUUGUUUGGAACCAGAGACAAGGGUUGUUCUGUAUGCUAGAAACUGCUUAUCAAAUAAAAACCAAGAUCAGCACCCUUCAGGUUUCUGCAGCAAUGAGGCUUUGGCAGUGAAAAUCAUACCCCAUCAACCGAAGCACAAGAGAACAACUGGUAAAGCAGUUAUUGUAUCAAGUAUGGGAGGUGUUGUUGGUGUAGUGUUGAUUGUAGGGGUGGUUAUCUUGGUUGUUAGCCGAGUUCAUAAGAAACAAGUAGUGAAAAUACCUUCAAAGUACCCUUUGCAAAAUGUUACAAGUCAGAUACAUAAUGAAGAUGAAGUGAAAAUUACUACUACAAGAUCCAUAAUGGAGCAUAUCAUGAAAAGGGUUCCUGACAAACGUGCUGUGGAAACACUAACAAGAUCUAUAAAGGAGCAUGUAAUGAGCCGAGUAAAUAAUAAGCGUGUUGUGAGAGCAUCGACAAGGUCCAUAAUAGAACAUGUAUCAUCAGUUAACACAGCAAAACUACUCACGGAUGCAAGGUAUAUAUCAGAAACAAUGAAGAUGGGAGCCAGCCUUCCUGCUUAUAGGACCUUUGCUUUGGAUGAACUGAAGGAAGCUACAAAUAAUUUUGAUGCAUCAUGUUUCAUAAGUGAAGGUCCACAUGGUCAGAUUUAUAAAGGAGUUCUCUCAGAUGGGAUGCACAUUGCUAUUAGAGGUUUGAAAAUGAGGAAGAGACAUGGCUCUCAAACUUACAUGCACCAUGUUGAGAUGAUUUCGAAACUAAGGCAUUCACACUUGGUUAGUGCUCUUGGGCAUGCUUUUGAGUGCAACCAAGAUGAUUCAAGUGUGAACAAUGUAUUUCUAAUAUUUGAGUUUGUUCCAAAUAGAAGCUUAAGAAGCUGCGUUUCCGGAUCUUCUGGGGAAAAGAUUUCUUGGACUCAGAGAAUUGCAGCUACAAUUGGAGUGGUGAAAGGCAUUCAAUUUUUGCACACAGGGAUAGUGCCUGGACUAUAUUCAAAUAAUCUCAAGAUAACAGAUAUUCUCUUGGAUAGCAAUCACAAUGUUAAAAUAAGCAGUUACAAUCUGCCACUCUCUGCUGAAAAUAAAAGAACGAUCAGCAGUGGAACUUCCCCUGGACUCAAAGGAAAUGUCCAAGCAAGGUUAAAAGAUGAAGACAAGAAUGAUGUCUAUGAUAUUGGGGUAAUCUUGCUAGAAAUAAUUCUGGGCCGACCAAUAAUAUUUCACAAUGAAGUUGGAACACUAAAAGAUCUUUUACAUGUAAGCAUCAAAACUGAUGACAUAGCUAGAAGGAGCAUUGUUGACCCAGCAGUUCACAAGGAGUGUUCAGAUGAAUCAUUAAUGACAAUGAUGGAGAUAUGUGUAAGGUGUCUCUCUGGUGACCUAAGUGAGAGGCCUUCUGUAGAAGAUAUUCUCUGGAACUUGCAGUUUGCAGCACAAGUUCAGAACUCAUGGAGAAGAGACUCAAGUGAUCACAGUUACUCUCCUGCACCAUCUUCCAUGGACACAUGA